UUAAUCUGCAAAAAAUAUCGCGUCUGUCAUCCGCUUUGGCGUUUUUAGCGAAAGCGUAAUUUUUCGCAGAAAAGUGGAGCAACACGGUAUUUUUAAACAUUGCAUUGUCUGAUAUUUAUCACAAUGUGUGUAGUUCUAUGGUCUGAUGAAUGAGCAACUCGGAUAGCGAUAUCGAGGAGGCGACAGAGCAUACGGCGCUGAUGGACGGCCACAUCGCGGAAGCGCGCCCGGAUAGGGAGAUCGCCGAGCGAAUUGCGAGAAAACGGAAAACAAAGUCUGAAAGCCAGCGCACCUAUGGCAGUGUGGAGCAGACGGAGGCGGCUCCGACCGGGACUGGUGGUAGUGCAGGGCCGAGUGGUCCCCCUGCCGGUCCACCAACGGAGCCCCAGAUUGAGGAAUUGGAGCUGAAAUACGGAGCUCGGCAUGUCAUCAAGCUUUUUGUUCCCGUCACACUAUGUAUGCUCGUUGUCGUCGCCACUAUAUCCUCCAUCAACUUCUACUCUAUCAAGGAUGUCUAUUUAGCGUACACUCCAUUUCACGAAGAGAGUCCAUCGGCAGUGACAAAAGUAUGGAAUGCCCUAGCCAACUCUAUGAUCCUGCUGAGUGUGAUUGCAUUGAUGACCGUGCUACUCAUUGUACUGUACAAGAAGCGGUGUUACAAGAUCAUCCAUGGCUGGCUUAUUCUAUCCUCCCUGAUGCUGCUGUUUCUCUUCUCAUAUUUAUACAUAGAGGAAGCGUUGAGGGCUUACAACAUCCCGAUGGACUACAUCACGUUGGCGUUCGGGAUGUGGAACUUCGGCGUGGUGGGCAUGAUAGUGAUACACUGGAAGGGUCCACUGCGGCUGCAGCAGGCGUACUUGAUCUUCAUCGCCGCGCUGAUGGCGCUCGUGUUCAUCAAGUACCUGCCUGAGUGGACCACUUGGGCUGUGCUUGCUGUUAUUUCUAUUUGGGAUUUGGUAGCAGUUCUAACGCCCAAAGGACCAUUAAGAAUAUUAGUAGAAACUGCUCAAGAAAGAAAUGAACCAAUAUUUCCUGCUCUCAUAUACUCAUCGACGGUGAUGUACUGCCUGGCGGCGACGACGGCGGCGGGCGAAGGUGAGCCGCGGCCGCGCGAGCUGCGCCCGCUCAAUCCGCGCGACGGUCGGGCGGAGAGCACGCCGGGCAGCGGCGACGGCGCCGCGGCGGGCUUCGACGCGGCGUGGCAGCAGCGCGCGCGGGACACGGCCGGCGCGGGCGCUGCGCCUGCGCCGCGCCGCCUGCGCGUGGACGGCACCGCGCCCGCCGCCUACACCACGCGCCUCGAGCGCCCGCCGCCGCCGCCGCUGGCUGAGGAGGAGAAGGGCGUGAAGCUGGGUCUGGGCGACUUCAUCUUCUACAGCGUGCUGGUGGGCAAGGCCAGCUCGUACGGUGACUGGAACACCACGCUCGCCUGCUUCGUAGCCAUACUCAUUGGUCUGUGCCUCACGUUGCUGCUGUUAGCGAUAUUGAAGAAGGCGCUGCCAGCGCUGCCCAUAUCCAUAACAUUCGGGCUGAUCUUCUACUUCGCCACGCGGUGCGUCGUCAAGCCGUUUGCGGACGCACUCGCUGCCGAGCAAGUGUUCAUUUAGCUACGCCGGUGGACGCACUUAACGUCCUAGUGAAAGGAGGAUAAGUAGUAGGGUAUGUUUAUAUAAGCGCCUGGUUACUCUGCAGGCCUAGCACGCCAAUUGCGCGAGUAGAGCGAAAAAUGUCAAAGCGCGAGUUGUCAAAUUUCACAGACGAGUUAAGGUUCCUCAUACGCGCAUCGACUUGCUCGCGACUCGAAAUGAUGUUAAAAACUAUCAAUUUUCUUAUCAAAAUAGGUGUCUGAUUUUUCUUGGCUCCUCUAUAAGCAAUAUACAAUAAUAAGAUAUUUCCUAUGGAGUGCGACAUCUUAAAAAAAUCCCGAUGUCCCGGCAGUCACGUGUACCAAGGACCUUAUUUCAUCUCGUGUCACGUCGCGUCGCGCUUACAUAGCGUGCUAGGCCCGCUGGCGAACGAGAGAAUUGAUAUUUCUGAGCUGUCAGCAUUCGGAUAGCAUUAGGAUUACCAUUCAUUCAGUUUUUUCCAGACUGUCAGAUAUCUUUUGACAUUUUAGAAUGAAAUUGAAUGAUAAUAUUCCCGCGCUUAUUUCUGUACAACAUGCGGCGCGACGCUACGCGUGGGAUUGAUUAUUUCAGGAGUUUUCAAAUUUCCAAAUUGUAACCAUCGGACGAGGAGAAAGAGGAUAGAUCACGAAGCAGCCGCCUUACCUACCUACCUUAUGACAGUUCAGUUGGGUAGUUUCCUAGGUCGAAGAUAAAUUAUGAAAUUCUGAUUACUAAAUAAAGGCAGAUCUAAAGGUGUCAAAAAACGUUAUUUUUUCUACAUAAAAUGUAAUAAUAAGUGCGACAUAUUGCGACGUUUUUCUAUGACGUCACAGGUUGCUUUUUCAUACAAAUUCGUUGAUAUUGUUUAGUAAAAAGUAACUGAUUUGACUCGUUGGAAACUACCCUAUUACUCCAAGGACAAACAAAAUUAUCCUCCUCUGUUAGAUCUAAUUACCGAUGUCAUAGUAAAUUACGCUAGAAGCUAAACGAGUCUGAUAAGUUGAUGAGAAGUAGACAGCACUAUUUUUUUAUUUAUAGCAAGCAGCAGAAACUGACUGCCGAGACUAGAUCUCACGUUUGAUUCCAUUUGAGGGUUUGAGAUUAUUCUGAUACCAGCGGGCCUAGCACCGUAAGGACGCGACUCUUUUUCGCCGGGACAGAGAUCGUCUGUCUCUUUCUGUGCAGUACUGUGAGAGAGUGACGGGUGACGUAUGUCGAGGCGAGAAAGAGUCGCGCACUUACGGUGCUAAGCCCACAGAUGUCGCUUCGUAGGCGUCUGGACACCACAAUUAUUUUGUCAAAUGCGGGUUUACGAAAAUUCUCGCCACUAGAUGGCGCCACUUUGGCAAGAGGUCUCCCAUCCCAACAAUACGCGCGGUGAAACGUGACGUCAUUAAUUUCAGAAUACCCUCAUUUGGUGGUAAAUUAUCACAAAUGAGUUCGACUGAUACGUAAGCCAGUUAGAGAAGCAACUAACAAAUUAUUAAUGUAGAUAUAGGGUGAUAGACAUAGUACGAAAUUGUGAAUUGAAUUUAUAAUGCAAUAAAUUUGAAUAGACACCAAUAGAGUAAUGUUUGCUAUUGUAUAUAGUAAUUAUCUAGUUUUUCAUUUAUAUUUAUUAAAAAUUGAAACUAUUGUAAGUGAACAUAUUUCACAUAAUACUUAUCCCUUUUCAUUUUAUUGUUAACAAAGGAAAUAGUAAUUAAAAAUGAACUACUAAAUUCAAAUAGAACACAAUGUAUGCAUGAGAGCAAUAACAAUUCACUCAGCAACUCAUGACAAAUAUUAAUCAAAUGUGAUGACAUUCCAUUGUUUUAACUAUAUAAGUGCUAAGUAAAACAGUAUUUCCGUUCUAUGAUUAAUCUUCAUCCUUUCCCUUGUUAGGAAGUAAAUUGAAAUAAAUACUUUUUUGUAAUA